AUGUCAAAGGCUCCCACCAAGACCAGGGAGGGCAAGACGACUCUCCAACCUCCGACCUCUGGAACUUCGUCGCCUUUGCUCCGUACGACGUUGUCAUUGGUGCUGUUGCAGCUCUUCUCGCGCCUGUUCUCCUUCUCGCUCAACCAGCUCUUGCUCCGAUCGACUACACCCGAGGCCCUCGGUGUCGCGACCAUCGGCUUCGAUGUCGCACGUGAUACAGGACUCUUCUUUAUUCGCGAAGGUUUACGUGGCGCCGUCAUUGUGCGUCCGCUUUCCGCCCGUCGUGACCUGCCGUGGCGGCGACGUCGAUGUGGGGUUCCCCCGCACGUGACUAACCACCCUGUCUCCUCUUCUUCGCCCACAGCGUACCCGCGCGGCGUCUGGGUCCUUUUCGGCCACGAACGAGCAACUUGUACAACAAACCCUUCUCCUCCCGGCGUUGCUGUCACCCCUGCUCCUCCUGCUGUAUCCCCUCUCGGCUCGAGUCCUCACCUCGCCCUCGUCGGCUCGCCCACCCCACUUCUACCCCACUCUAUCCCUCUACGUCCUCUCGGCCUUGUUCGAGCUCUGGUCCGAACGCGACUACCUGCUCACCCUGCGACAAUGGGAGACGCUGACGUCGAAACGAGUCAGAGUCGAGGGGUUCGCCGUCGGUGUCAAGGCGCUCGUCACGUUCGCUGUCGUCGCAAGUGGCGGGGAGCGGUGGGCUCUGUUGGCGUUUGGCGUCGGUCAGGCCGCGUACGGCUUGAUCUUGCUUGUCGGCCUACGGUGGUCGGUUCAGACGAUACAAGGGGCGAGCAAGACACCUUCCAUCUGGUCAUUGCAGAAACUUGUAGCCCCGGCGACCAAAUUCACCAACACCCAGGCCCCCCCGACGCGUCGUCGCUUUGAUCCCGAUCUCACCUCCCUUGGCUGGGCCUUGACGAAACAAUCCUUCAUCAAACAGAUCCUCACCGAAGCCGACAAGAUCGCCAUCAGUCAACUCUCGACCAGCCGUGACCAAGGUGGCUACGCCCUCGCGUUGAACUACGGCUCCUUGAUCGCUCGCAUCCUCUUUCAACCUUUGGAAGAAUCCUCGCGCCUCUAUUUUUCACGACAACUUUCGACCCGACCUUCGCAUACGCUCUUGGCGUCGUUGUUGCUCCUGCAUACUCAUCUUUCCCUCAUUUUCACUCUCCUCGUACCACCCUACAUCCCAGCAUUAUUGCACCACCUCCUCGGCCAACGCUGGGCCGCCUCCUCAGCAACCUCGAUCCUGCAAGCCUACUUCUUCUACCUCCCCUUCCUCGCAUUGAACGGCAUCACCGAAGCCUACUUCCAAGCCAUCGCUUCCCAAGCCGAUCUGAGGAAAGGUUCGUAUUGGAUGGGCGUGUGUUCGAUUGGAUUCGUUGCGGCUGUUGGGGUCGGAGCGAGGAUGGGAUGGGCUGAAAAGGGUUUGAUCAUGGCGAAUUGCGUUAAUAUGGCGAUGAGGAUUGGGUUCUCAUUGAGGUUCAUAUGGAGGGAUGCUAAAGGGGUUGCAUGUUUACAGCUGAGGAAUUGGACACCGAGGAUAUCGACCGUGAUCGUGUUCGCGGGAGCGGGGUCGAUCGUCAAAUGGAAUGCGAGCACGUGGGAUUGGAAAUCGUUGACGGGUCUCGUUCGACAUGUUGGAGUAGGCGCUUUGGUUGGGUUGGGUUGUCUGGCUUUCACGUGAGUUUGUCUUCAACGAUCCUUGUUGUUGAAUCCUUCGAAUGCUAAUCCUUUUCUCACAGAUUCCUCAUGGAACGUCGUCGCGUCGCGAGCUUGUAUCAAUCGAUCAAAGCAAAGUCAGAGUAG